CUCGGCAUUUUUACUAAGCAAUGCAUCCAGAAUGAUGAAGAGCGAGCGAGCGAGCGAGCGAGCGAGAAAGAGAGAGAGAGAGAGGGAGAGAAAUCCUUUAGUCUUUUAACAUAGCACUGAGAUCUCGGAAGGGCAUCUACGAGAAACUGAGCCCGGGGCGAUUCCCAAUGAAGACAAGCCUUUUUGGAUUAGCACCAUCUUCUGAUUUAAUUACAUUUUGUAGGAGAGAUCGUUUGAUAAUUUACCAUCUACAAGAUAACUGGAUAUAAAUGGUGAUUUGUUGGGGAGACAAGAGUCUGUAACCUCUAACUACGAGUUCUUACUGGAGUGCUGUAUCCAUAUACUCUUCGCCCCUUUCCCAAUUUCAUGUUUUUGUUUCUUGUCAGUUAAUCUUCUUGGAAUUUUCUGCAAUGCUUACGGAAAAAAGGAGUGGACAUUAUAAAAAGGAAAGAAAUUGACACGCUUGAAAUCAAUUUAAGGUGACAGCAAGUUUGGCGAUUUGAGUUGAUGGAUAUAGACCUGCAGCUAACUGGAUUUGAUUUAUACGAGGAAAAUCUGCAGUAAAUGGCUAUGCUGUUCAUAUUGCCAGAAUGGAAAAUAGAAUUGUCGAUAGGAUGUGGCCUGAUAAAUAGCGCCGUGUGAAGAUGCCGCUCCAAUAACUGUGAAAUCAAUGGGAAAUACUUGCCAUGCGAAAAGCCUUUGAGAUUUUGACAGCAUUGUGUUCUGGGGGUUUGAUACCUUUGCUUAGAUUGCCCUGCCUUGCAAGUGGAUAUAAAUAGGAUUGCUUUUAGUGCAGCUAUACAGAAAUAAUUUUGGACGAUGUCACUUCAGAAAUCACCAGGAUUUAACUAUAUGUGGCGGGUGAUGAAGGUGCAGCUACACUCGGGAGUGGAUGUCACUUUUGUCCUCUGGAUACUUGGAUUUACGCUGCAGGCAGCUGUUGUCUCAUCCCAGAAGCUUGAUGAAUCGGACCCAGUGGUAACAACCACUUAUGGUAAAUUGCGAGGAUUUAAAAAGGAACUCAACAAUGAAAUUUUGGGCCCAGUUAUACAGUUUCGUGGUGUUCCGUAUGCUGCACCUCCAAUUGGAGAGCGCCGGUUUCAGCCCCCGGAGCCACCAGUCCCUUGGUCUGAAAUACGCAAUGCUACCCAGUUUGCCCCAGUUUGUCCCCAGAAUAUCUUGGAAGGAAGGCUACCAGAGGUCAUGCUACCUGUGUGGUUCACAAAUAAUUUGGACAUAGUUACAAGUUACGUUCAAGAUCAGAGUGAAGACUGCCUUUUCUUAAAUAUCUAUGUCCCAACAGAGGAUGGUCCCCUUACAAAGAAACAGAAUGAUGAUUUAGGUGAUAAUGACGGUGCUGAAGAUGAAGACAUUCGGGAAAGUGGUAGCCCAAAGCCAGUAAUGGUGUUUAUCCAUGGAGGUUCAUACAUGGAGGGAACUGGCAAUAUGUUUGACGGAAGCAUCUUGGCAAGUUAUGGCAAUGUUAUAGUCAUUACAGUGAACUACAGGCUUGGUGUAUUAGGUUUCCUAAGUACGGGUGACCAAGCUGCUAAAGGAAACUAUGGACUGCUCGAUCAAAUCCUAGCCUUACGCUGGACUAGUGAGAACAUUGCAUUUUUUGGUGGUGAUCCCCUAAGAAUAACUGUUUUCGGAUCAGGGGCAGGUGCUUCCUGUGUCAAUCUUUUGACUUUGUCCCAUUAUUCUGAAGGUAACCGUUGGAGCAAUUCAACCAAAGGACUCUUUCAAAGGGCGAUAGCACAGAGUGGCACUGCUCUCUCCAGUUGGGCCGUGAGCUUCCAGCCAGCAAAAUAUGCCAGGAUGUUGGCCACCAAAGUGGGCUGCAACCUUGUCGACACCCUUGACUUGGUGGAGUGCCUUCAAAAGAAGCACUACAAAGAAUUGGUGGACCAGGACAUCCAGCCUGCUAGGUACCAUAUAGCCUUUGGACCAGUCAUUGAUGGUGAUGUCAUACCAGAUGAUCCUCAGAUUCUGAUGGAGCAAGGUGAAUUUUUGAACUAUGACAUCAUGUUGGGUGUGAACCAAGGAGAAGGACUGAAAUUUGUGGAGCUUAUUGUCGAUAACGAAAAUGGAGUACAGGCCAAUGAUUUUGAUUAUGCUGUCUCAAGUUUUGUGGAUGAUUUAUAUGGCUAUCCAGAUGGAAAAGACAUUCUUAGGGAAACUAUUAAAUUUAUGUACACUGAUUGGGCUGAUAGGCAUAAUCCUGAAACAAGGAGGAAGACUCUUCUGGCGUUGUUUACUGACCACCAGUGGGUGGCACCAGCUGUUGCAACAGCUGAUCUUCACUCGAGCUUUGGAUCUCCAACUUACUUCUAUGCCUUCUAUCACCAUUGCCAGACCGACCAAGUGCCAGCAUGGGCUGAUGCAGCACACGGAGAUGAGAUUCCCUACGUUUUUGGUCUCCCAAUGAUUGGCCCUACAGAGCUGUUUCCAUGCAAUUUCUCUAAAAAUGAUGUCAUGCUAAGUGCAGUUGUGAUGACCUACUGGACUAAUUUUGCAAAAACUGGGGAUCCAAACCAACCAGUGCCCCAGGAUACAAAAUUUAUUCAUACCAAACCUAACCGCUUUGAAGAGGUGGCGUGGACCAGGUAUUCUCAAAAAGACCAGCUGUACUUGCACAUUGGUUUAAAGCCCAGGGUCAAAGAGCACUACAGGGCAAAUAAAGUAAACCUUUGGCUCGAGUUGGUGCCUCAUCUGCACAGCUUGAACGAAGUAACCCAGUUCUCAUCCACAACCACAAAAGUUCCACCACCAGAUGUAACUCCAAGAACACCUAAGAAAAUCCCAGGAAUUACCAAGCGUCCGGUGACGCCCAUUCCGCCUACAGAGAGUCAUCAUAGUGAGAAUCAGCAGGAAGAUCCUUUCUUGGUGAACCAGCGAGAUUAUUCUACAGAGCUGAGUGUCACAAUUGCAGUUGGGGCAUCUUUGUUGUUUUUGAACAUCUUGGCUUUUGCUGCACUCUAUUACAAAAAGGACAAGCGAAGACACGAUGUCCACAGGAGGUGUAGUCCCCAGCGUAACACUGCCAAUGACCUUAUUCACACACAGGAGGAGGAGAUUAUGUCUUUGCAAAUGAAGCAUACAGAUCUAGACCACGAGUGUGAUUCCAUCCAUCCACAUGAUGUGGUUCUGAGAACUGCUUGUCCACCUGAUUAUGCUUUAGCGAUGAGAAGGUCGCCUGAUGAUAUUCCUUUAAUGACCCCCAAUACCAUCACAAUGAUCCCCAAUACUAUACCUGGGAUUCAGCCCCUGCAUACGUUUAACACUUUUACUGGUGGGCAAAACAACACCUUGCCUCAUCCUCACCCACAUUCACAUUCAACGACCAGGGUAUAGCCAGACAGGACAGACCAUAUAAACUCUUCUGCAACUCCUCCUGGUAUGGAAGCUGUCUUGGUAAACUGUUUACGGGUUACUGUAUAAGGAGAUAACAUGUUUUACUUUGGUGAAAUAUCCUUGUUGGGGUAUUACUGGAAAAUACAAGGAAGAACAACAAAAAACCUUCUUUUGGCGAAGGAUUAUCAUUUUCAUGAAAACUGACAACAUUUGCAGUGUGCAAUUGUCAUAGAAAAAUAAGGAGGGGUGGCACUAAAAUUGUUAACAGAAUGUUUCCACAAGGCUGGGAAAUGUAUAGCGAACCUUCGCAAGCCAAGAACCAAUGCAACUCAACAAAUUAGGCAUGCGCAACGCAAAUGAUAAAAAUGUAAAGAAAAAAAAAAACGAAACAAAAAACAGAAAAAGCGAAAAGUUGGGAGAAGCAAAAUGAGAAAAAGGGAACCGUGUUAAAAAUAUGCACAAGGGAGACAUUCAUAAGAUGUCUUGGAUUCUUUUCACCAGUUUAUUUUUUGGAACAGUUUUAUUGUAUAGAAACUCUUUAUAUAUCUAGAUAUGUACACAAAGCACCAAUGCUGUUUAAGCCCUAAUGGGGCAUCAAUUCUGCAAUCUGCCAGCAGAACAAAGGGGAUAAUGACAUUCUGGCAGAUACAGCUUCAUCACAUAAGUGCUGUCUAUACCAAGAGCUGGCGGACAGGGGAAACUGGAUAUUUUUAGCACGAUGCGCAUGACAAUUUAUCUGCUUGGUGGCUGUUCUGCUGAUUAAGUCGUAAUUAAAAUAAUUUUCAUCCCCAUUGGAUUUCUUUGAAGAAAUACACUUGAUUGGCUCAAAUCUAUGGAGAUACAUAAUGGGGGGGCAGAGGAACGGGGUAUGGGGAAAUGGAAUAUAACAGUAAAUACUGUUCAUUCACAAUAGCUUCAGUGAACAUGGUUAAAAAAAAUAGUUUUGUACAAUGUGUGUUGGUACAACUUUUUAAUAGUGGUGAACACAUGCUGUUAUAAAUCCCAAACAAGAGGUUAUUAUUAUUAUUAUUAUUAUUAUUAUUAUGAUUAUUAUUAUAUUCUGUUCAUGUUUUAUUUCUGGCAUAAUUAAUCUCUUUUAAAUAUUUGUCUAUUUUGCUAGAACAAAAAAAUGUUGCCACUGGUCCUAAUUAACUCCAGUGUUACUCAUGCAUUUAGUCAAAAUUAUGUCUACCCAGGGCUAUCGCCUUAUACCGGUAUUUUAUUUUUACACACAGAGAAAUGCUAAAUCUGCCAUUUGGAGAUUUCAUUGAUUGGUAGCAUUGAUUUUUAGGAGGCAUGUUCAAUGGGUGUUUUAGGAUGAAUACACAUCAUUUCAGGUUUGACAGAGCUAUUACUGUAUUUGAAAUGUAUAGAGAUAUUCUGACUGCAAUAUUAUUCAUUGCAAGAAAAUGCAAAAUAUAUUGAAACAAAGUGGAACCCUACUUGAUGAGGUCGUAUGAUGAGAAUAUUGGGUAUGACCACCCCACCCACACAUUACUUGGAGCGUAACACUUUGAAAUCCCAUAUUGUUAUACCUCUAAAAAGACAUUUGCAGACAGUUUUACAUUUCUAUUGCACUCUGGGAAACUUUUGCUAUUCUUUUUAAAUCAGGUAUGGCUCCCAUUUCCAUAUAUACAGUAUGUGUGUGUGUGUGUGUUUGUCUAUAUGUGUAAUCAUACAUCCUCCUUCAACAGCUCGUGGAGGCAACAGAUCCAUUAUCACCUCUUCUGCCUGGUAAGCACACCAUGCAUUUCUAGAAAUAUCAAUGCAAAUAAAUAAAUAAAAAGUUAGGCCUUAUUUAAAAUGUCCUGAAAAGGACUGUGUCCCCAUUGGCAUAAUUGCCAAUAAUGUUAUCCAGUAGUUCAUGGUAAACAGCCAUGUAAGUUUUACUUUAUCCAGAAGAAUUACAAGCAGGUUGCCAGAAGAACUGACUGUAGUGCUUGGCUAUAAAGAAUUUGUUUCAAAGCAUACAUUAAUUAUAAUAAUACAGUAUAAUAAUCCAAUAUCUAUAAUAUAUUGGGUGAUUUAAAAAGAAUUGAACACAUGUAUUACUCAUGACACCAAGCAUCAAUAUGAACAUGUAAUUCAGUAAUUUGUAAAGGAACUCUCACAGUUCUUUCUUAGUCUAACAAAUUCUCAAUAUAUGCCACAGGGCACAUGUCAGUCUGGUAGUCUAAUUCAUCCCAGACCCUUUGUAACAUACGUAUUACCUUUGAUGGUUAACACAAGCACCCAAGAUACCUUCCUCUAUUUCUACAAGCUGCUCUAUAGUACAGUUUAUUGUAUAUGUUUAUAUGAUAGUUAGUUAAUGGGUAAUACAUUUUUUAAAAAUUGUUCAGUUCUUUUUCAGCUGCCAUGUACAGUGCAUAUAAUAUACAUAUGU